UCUCUUUUCAGACCCCAGCCGGGGUUCAUUGAUGGACUUGACAGCCCUACGAAAUGUGCAGCCAAACAGGGCAUGCUGGAUGCAUCCACAAAGCAGUGACCAAAUUAAGAUGAUAAAAAAUGCUUUAAAUGAAAAGGAAUCACAACAACAAUUUUUGGCUCAAGUAGGAGCAACAAUUCUGGACAGAUCAGAUUUUAUUACCUUGGGCCAUCCAAAUGAUGUUGAAGGGACUAUUUUGAAUGCCUGCCUAUCAGUUGUCAGGGAUAUUGCUGACUUAAAGAACAUAAAGGUCCAUUGUUUUAGCUCAUAUGUGACAGUGACAUGGUUGCCACCAUUCUGUGCAGACCCUUCAGCUAACUUACCUGAACAUAUAGCAAGAUGUGACUUCAUCUUACUGCCUUCAUGGGCUACAAACCAUUGGAUGAUAUGUAUCAUGAAACCAAAAAGCAGAGAGAUGUAUUUGCUUGAUUCACUGUACGGCACUGACUUCAGCGAUUGUCGUUUCAUUGGUCCCUACAGAAAACUUGCACAGCAACUACAUCCUGGGCCGUGGAAGGAGUAUGGACGUGAUGAUCUCAAAGGUGCUCCAAGGCAGAAUUGUUCAAAUAACUGUGGAGUAUUUGUGUUGAUGUACACACUCUAUGUUGUAAUGGGAGGUCUCUUUGAUUUUGCUGAGUCUGACAUGGCUGCAGUAAGGAGAUGGUGGUGCUUGCUCCUGCUAACAAAUUAUCCCGUCAAGUAAGCCUAUUUGCAAGUACUUCCAAUAAAUAAAACACAUUUAUUAGUAUUAGUAGUUGAAGGAGGAGUAGAAGUAGCAGUUUUUUGUCCUCUCUUUAAUGAUGUUAAUUUGCACAGUAUUUGG